AUGAGGACCUGGGCUUGUCUGCUGCUCCUCGGCUGCGGGUACCUCGCCAAUGCCCUGGCCGAGGAAGCCGAGAUCCCCCGCGAGGUCAUUGAGAGGCUGGCGCACAGUCAGAUCCACAGCAUCCGGGACCUCCAGCGACUCCUGGAGAUAGACUCCGUAGGAGCCGAGGAGCCUUUGGAAACCAGUCUGAGAGCCCACGGGGGCCACGGCUCCAAGCAUGCUCCGGAGAAGCGGCCAGUGCCCAUCCGGAGGAAAAGGAGCAUCGAGGAGGCCAUCCCGGCGGUCUGCAAGACCAGGACUGUCAUCUACGAGAUACCUCGGAGCCAGGUGGACCCCACGUCCGCCAACUUCCUGAUCUGGCCGCCGUGCGUGGAGGUGAAGCGCUGCACCGGCUGCUGUAACACGAGCAGCGUCAAGUGCCAGCCGUCACGGGUGCACCACCGCAGCGUCAAGGUGGCCAAGGUGGAAUACUUCAGGAAGAAGGCGAAGUUAAAAGAGGUGCAGGUGCGGCUGGAGGAGCACCUGGAGUGCACGUGCGCGAGCACCAGCCCGAGCCCCGAGCACCGUGAGGAGGAGGCAGGAAGGCGUAGGGAGUCAGGUAAAAAACGGAAAAGAAAAAAGUUAAAACCCACCUAA